AUGGUGGCUCAUGUGUCUGGUGGAGGUGUGGUGGUGCAUGGUUCUGGUGGAGGGACAGUGGAUAGGGAAGGAAGAAGGAUGACUUGUAAGAAGUGUUUACAGGUGGGGCAUAAUGUGAGAUCAUGUAAGAAUGAAAAGAGGGAUUCACCAAGAAAGGAGGCUAGACAGGCUGGAAGGAAGAAGGUGAUUAUUGUUAGUGAGGGGGGAGGUGGUGGACGUACAGGUGGCAGAGGUGGAAGAAGGGGGAGAGGAGGUGGGAGAAAGGCUUUGUUUGGAUCCGAUCAUUUGACGGAAGAUGAUGUCAUAGGGUGUGGUGAUGACAUUCCUCUUGCUGUUUGGCCACCUCUUGGAGUACCACUUCUUUUGGACAAACAACAUGUUGAGGAUGCAAAACAAGAACAAAAAGAUGGAUUACAAGUGAAAGACCAAAAGGGUACCCCAAAUAAAGAUGAAGGGCCUAUACCCAUUAAGGUUGAAGGUCCUCCUCCUAUACCACAUCAAGAAGAUAAAGGGCCUAUUCCAAUUCAAGAUCAAGAUACUUCCCUAAAUGAAGAUCAAGAGCUUACCCCAAUUAAAGAACAAGAACAAGACCCCUCUAUCAUAGGUGAAGAUAAAGGGCCUAUUCCAAUUGAGGUUGAGGACUCUGUAUCACAUGAAGAUCAAGAACCUAUCCCAACUAAAGAUGAAGAGCCUAUUGUUUGUGAAGAUGAAGGGCCUAUUCCAAUUGAGGUUGAAGUUGAAGACACCAUAUCACAUGAAGAUCACAAAUCUAUCCCAACUAAAGAUGAAGAGCCUCCUAUCUCAAAUGGAGAACAUGAACAUCAAGUUCAAGAGUCUAUACCAAGUAGAAAUGAAGAUGAAAAACCCAUACUAGAUGAAGGUCAAGAGCCCAUGCUAGAUGAAGGUCAAAAGCCUACUCCACAUGAAGAGAAAGAGUCUAUUCCUAUUCUAUCUCAGAAAGAAAUGAGAUUACAAGUUUCAACAAGUGAAAGGAUAGGUAAGAACAAGUUGAGGAAAGGUAGUGUGGAGAAAGAUGGGGAAGGAAGCAGCGGUAUGGAGAAAGUACAAGCAGUGAUGUUAGAUAAUUAAAAAUUUUAGGACGUUAUUUUAUUUUAUUUUAUUUUUUUUUGUUUAAAUAGGGACUUUUUUUUUUUUUUGUUUUUUUUUUUCUUAUCAUGUGAACAUGUUAUGGGUUGGGUGGGUGGGUGCCUUUGAAUUGCUAUUGUGGUUGUGGUGCCUUUUGAACAUAUGUGUAUGGGACUUUUAUUGCACUUGCAAAACCCUAGUUAGAUUUCACUUGAUUGGUUAGGGCAAAUAUGAGAUUAAGCAUUAUAAUUGAAAAGGAUAAAUUUCAUUCUUUGAU